CCAACGUUGACUCAUAACAGGAAAUAACACAAGAUGUCCCGCCCUGUACAGAAAUCCGCGCUAAACAUUGUCAUGGGUUGCAUGACCUUCGGCGCAAAGGGAACCGAGGGUGCACGUGUGCAUGACGUAAAAGACAUCGAAGCGAUCCUCGAUGUCUUCCAAGCUCAUGGCCACUACGAGCUCGACACUGCCCGCGUGUACGCCCAGGGCACGAGCGAGGGAGUGCUGGCUGCGCUGGACUGGAAGAAGCGCGGCCUUGCCAUGGACACGAAGCUUUACCCCAUGGGCCCGAAUGGGUAUAAGCUGCGAGACUUGCCGGUGAUCACCCACAAACCAGAGGACUUACGCAAGCACCUGGACGAAUCUUUGAAAGCGCUCAAUACCGACUCCCUGGACAUGUGGUACCUCCAUGGCCCUGACCGCACGACGCCUUACGAGGUGACCCUUAAGACCGUGGAUGAGCUCUACAAGGAGGGCAAGUUCAAACGCUUCGGAAUCAGCAACUACAUGUCCUGGGAAGUCGCCCAAAUCGCGGAGAUCUGCAAGACAAAUGGGUAUGUCAUGCCCACGGCGUACCAAGGACUUUACAACGCGAUCCACCGCGCGGUAGAGCCAGAGCUCUUUCCCUGCCUACGCAAGUAUGGCAUGGCGUUCUAUGAAUACAACCCGCUCGGCGGCGGCUUUUUUACAGGUAGAUAUCGUUCGACGCAUGACCAAGUCGAGUCCGGCUCCCGAUUCGAUCCAGACAAGAUGCAGGGCAAGGGAUACCGUUAUCGGUACUGGAACGAAGCCUACUUCAACGCUCUGGCGAAGAUUGAAGAGGCCGCGAAGAAGUAUAAUCUGACGCUUGCCGAGAUUGCCCUUCGCUGGGUCGAGCACCACAGCUUGCUGAAGCGCGAGCACGGCGAUGCGAUCAUCAUCGGCGCUUCGAGCCUGAAGCACAUCGAGCAGAAUCUUAUUGACCUCGAGAAGGGGUCGCUGCCCGAAGACGUUGUCAAGACUUUGGACGAGGCUUGGGCCUCGGUCAAGGGGACUGCCACGAAUUAUUUUCACUGAUACGCUGGCGUAGCUGUUCUUCCACAUGGCAGUUUGCAAUUAUAAAAUGGCAACCGCGCUGCUAUGGACUUGUUCAGCCUUACUGAUCACUCGCUGUUUGUGUGUGCUAUCUGCCGGUGUGCGUAGGUUGAUAAGUUGUAAUCACAGCGGGAUGUAUUUCCGUAUCGCUCCUUUUGUCCAUUUUGCCGCACCUGUAUGUAUAUCUGAGAGCAGAAAGUGCUGCAGCGGACGAUCUAUU